CGCGUUGGUUCCUGCUUCCCAGGGAGCCCGCGGCGGUGCCCGGCUCCGGCAAGUCCCUCCUCCGCCUCGGCGGUGCGGGCCGCCUUCCCCGGCCGCAGCCUCCUCCGGCCGCAGCGGCGGUGCCCGCCGGCCCCGCGGCGCCCAUGGCGACGGAGCCUCAGCCCAAGGCGCUGACUCGCAAGCCCCUCCUGCUCAACAAAGUGGAGGGUUCGCAGGAGGUGGUGAACAUGGCAGCGAUAGUGCCCAAGGAGGACGGGGUCAUCAGCGUCUCCGAGGACAGAACGGUUCGUGUCUGGCUGAAGAGAGACAGUGGGCAGUACUGGCCCAGCAUAUACCAUGCAAUGCCAUCUCCAUGUUCAUGCAUGUCUUUUAACCCGGAAACCAGAAGGCUGUCCAUAGGUCUAGACAAUGGUACAAUCUCAGAAUUCAUUUUAUCAGAAGAUUACAAUAAGAUGACACUAGUGAAAAGUUACCAGGCUCAUCAAAGCAGGGUCAUGAUGAUUCUGUUUGUCCUGGAGAUGGAGUGGGUGUUAAGCACUGGACAAGACAAACACUUCACAUGGCACUGUUCGGAGAGCGGCCAGCGGCUGGGAGGGUACCGCACCAGCGCAGGCGCCUGUGGCCUCCAAUUUGAUGUGGAAACCCGGCAUGUGUUUGUUGGUGAUCAUUCUGGGCAAGUGACCAUACUCAAACUAGAGCAAGAGUCCUGCAGCCUUGUUACAACAUUUAAGGGACACACAGGUGGUGUCACUGCUCUCUGUUGGGACCCAAUACAACGAGUUUUAUUCUCGGGCAGCUCUGAUCAUUCCAUUAUAAUGUGGGAUAUUGGAGGAAGAAAAGGAACAGCCAUCGAGCUGCAAGGACAUAAUGAUAAAGUUCAGUCUCUCUCCUAUGCUCACCACACUCGGCAGCUCAUCUCCUGUGGUGCAGAUGGGGGAAUUGUCGUCUGGAACAUGGAUGUUGAGAGGCAGGAGACUCCAGAGUGGUUGGACAGUGACUCCUGUCAAAAAUGUGACCAACCUUUCUUCUGGAACUUCAAGCAAAUGUGGGACAGUAAGAAAAUAGGCCUCAGGCAGCAUCACUGCCGGAAGUGUGGGAAAGCUGUGUGCGGCAAAUGCAGCUCCAAGCGCUCCUCCAUCCCGCUGAUGGGCUUCGAGUUUGAAGUGAGGGUCUGUGAUAGCUGUCACGAGUCCAUAACAGAUGAAGAGCGGGCACCCACGGCUACUUUCCAUGACAGUAAGCACAACAUCGUUCACGUACACUUUGAUGCCACCAGAGGAUGGCUAUUGACCUCGGGGACAGACAAGGUUAUUAAGCUGUGGGAUAUGACACCAGUAGUGUCUUGAUGGUACAUCAGUGGAACUUGAAGGGUGAUAUUUACAGAAGAAACAGAUUUCCUAACCCUAAUCAUAUUGCAGAAGAUAGAUAAUGCUGGGCGCAUACGGCAGAUGAGAAAGGAACUAAUGCGUUUACAAUGAUUUUUACGUCCUCUGCUUGAUCAAGGCUGAACAUUUGCACGAAGACUCUUUCCACUUAUUCUCAAAAUACACAAGAAGGUAUUUUUUUAACUAAUGGUUUGUACGAUCUGACUUCGGUUGUCUUGAGUUUGUUUGAAAAAUCCGUGUGUGGUGCAAUUUUUAGGUUUUUUAUUUCAUUAUGUUGAGAUACUUGCUGCUUUGUACAGAGGGUUCUUGGGUUGUGUCUUACCGUGGGAGUUUUUGGUAUCAGCAUACUGUAUAAGGCAAUCGGCUCUCCCCGCAGUGAGUACCUAUUGAUUUGGGAUCUUUCUGCUGACCAUGCCCUCUUCAGUGGAGGAGCUCCAGGUGCGGCGUUGUGUUCUCCGGGUGCAUCACCAAGGAGCUGAUGGACUAUUGCAAUUCCUGAAAGGGCUCUACCAUCUACUCAUCCUAGCGGACAUCAUCCAGAGAGCAUUUUAUUGGUUUGUAGUAGCUAAAAUCCAGCUUCCUGCCUCUUUCCUUGCUGCACAAGUCACAAAACCAGGGGGCCAGGUUGCUUAGCAACUAAUUUCUACAAAAACUGAAAUAGUUUUCCGGCUCAAAGCAUUACAUGGAGCACACAGACCCGUUUGAGUUUGAUGAGGCUGACAGGCUGAUUCAAAUUAAAUUAUUGGCAACAGGAACUUUUGGGAGUGUGUGCAUAGAGGGGGGGAAGGUCUAAAACUGGUCUAGGUCUGAAAAGUCUGGUUUACCUCUACCUCUACCUUGUGCAGCAACAUUUCAGCAUUUAUACCUGUCUGUGUUGUUGAAGAUUAAUUUGAUUUUCCUGUUUUCCAUAUGGUUACUCAUAUUUAUUUUUUCAAAUGCUGAUGGUUUUUAUUAAUUUCCUCUAUAGACCAGAAACUGAUAUUGCUGAAUGAUGCCCAUUUUCCUGUUGUCAUAUUUUACAUUUAAAUUUAAAUAAAAAGUAUUUAAAACCCUGGAUUGACCAAAAUUACCUUUUUAGAAGGACAUUGUCAAGAUGAAUAAACAAAAAGCCCUUUUUUUCCAAAGGGAUCUUCUCGGAAGGGUCAGCUCUCUGUUCCUUUAAUCCAUUUCACUUUUUAGCACGCUAUUGCUCAUGUGCUUCAAAGAAACUGGUGUGGAGAAUAGAACUGCAGACCAGACCUACGGCUUUCCUGUAUCUCCAAUUUAAGCAGGCCUUGUGGUCUGUAGCUGCCGUGACACAGCACAUCAGUGGUGCUCAGUCUUGCCCCAAUUUUGGACUUUACUUUUCCCCUCUAAAACAGGGAGGCCAUGACAUUUACCACUACAGAGCACAUUGCUACCUAGAGAAGCUUUGUGGUUUUGCUUGAGUGAUAAUGCCAAAAGAAAAUAAAGUUUCUCCAUUUUUUGCCUGGUGGUAAUUCACUUUUGAGGAAACAAGAAGGUUAACAGAAUCCAUGGCAUUAAUUCUAGACUGGUGAUCUGCCGCAGUAAAGGGUGAGUGGACUUCUGUGUGCGUGGUGCAGGACUGCUGUGUAUUUUCAGGGAAAAUUCUCUUUUCAAACAUCCUAUAAAUUGUGCUUAAGCAUUUUGCAGUCAUGUUCUCUAAAAUGAUGCCACCUUGGCUUUCCUGGUCAUACAGCCUGCUGUUGGUUCCCCUCUAGGCAGCAUAUUCUAAAGCAUAUUUUCAAAUAUAAUUCACACAUCAUUAAAAAGAUUCUUUUUC